UUUCUUCUUGCCUUGUUUGGUUCUUUUUGUCUGUUGUUCCCAUUUUGGUCAUUUCUGGGUUUUUCAAGGGUUUUCACUUUUCAAAAUAAAUGAAAAAGUUGUGAAAUUUCAUUAGUUCAACAAUCCAAUUGAAGUUUUUCAAUCAUGAAAUUUCAAGUCUUUUAUCUUCUUUCUGUGUUGGUGUUCUACUUAUAUGCCUAUUUUCUACGAAAGUGUGGAUCUUUAUGAGUUUAACAUUUAUACUCUUUCACAAUCUUGAAUCUUUAUUGUGGCAAUGAGAUCAUACUAGUGAUUGCAGAUUGAGGUACUUGUGAUUUGAGUUUGAUGUGUUAUGGAUCUUCUUAUUCAUUGCUUUUUCAGGGAUCAUUAAGUAUGAAUCAAAAACGAAAGGGCUCGUCUCUUCGUCGCUUGUUCUCUUUAGUGUUUUUUCUUGCAAUGAUCUUCCUUAUAGGGAAUGCUUUUAUUACAGUAGACUAUAAAGAGGGCAUUGCGGGAUGGAGUUCGAUAAUUAGACUAAAUCUUGCAAAACUGAAGAUGUGUAAGGCACAACUUAGGCCUCCUGGUAGUGAGACGUUACCGAGAGGUAUUGUUGCAAGUACAUCUGACUUGGAAAUGCGACCGUUAUGGGGCGCAAAGCGCUAUAAGAAACCGAAACCAAACUUACUAGCUUUGGCAGCCGGAAUAAAACAGAAGGAAAGUGUCAACAAGAUUGUCAAGAAGUUUCGGUCAAGUGAGUUCGUUGUGAUGCUGUUUCAUUAUGAUGGUUCCGUGGAUGAAUGGAAGGAGUUUGAGUGGAGUGAAACUGCUAUUCAUAUUUCUGUAGUAAACCAAACCAAAUGGUGGUUUGCAAAGCGUUUUCUACACCCGGAUAUUGUCUCAGCAUAUGCAUACAUAUUUCUUUGGGAUGAAGAUCUCUGUGUUGACCAUUUUGACGCUACAAGAUAUGUUUCAAUAAUUAAAGAAGAAGGGCUUGAAAUAUCACAGCCUGCUCUUGAUCCUAAUUUCUCUGAAGUGCACCAUCAACUUACCUCACGAGACAACAAAUCAAGAGUACAUAGGAGAACAUACAAAGUCAUUGGUCGGGCUAGGUGCAACGAGAGUAGCACUGGACCUCCUUGCACAGGAUUUGUCGAAAUGAUGGCUCCUGUGUUUUCCAGAGCAGCUUGGAAGUGUACAUGGCAUAUGAUUCAGAAUGACUUAAACCACGGAUGGGGUAUAGAUUUUCAGCUUGGAUAUUGUGCACAGGGUGAUCGAACCAAAAAUAUCGGCAUUGUUGAUUCCGAAUAUAUACUUCAUAUGGGUCUUCCUACAUUAGGAGGUUCAGCUGAAAACAAGACGGAUUCAGGACAACUCAAUAAGACCAAGACUCAGCAUGAUUCAGCAUCCCAAAUAUCAUCUGGUAGAUCUGAGGUUCGGAAGCAGACUUACGCCGAAUUAGAGACUUUUAAACAUCGAUGGAAAAAUGCAGUGAAGAACGAUGAGUGCUGGAUAGACCGAUUCCAAACAUGAAAGAUUGCUUGCUGUGGACAAAAUUAUACAUAUAUAGAAAAGCACAAGAAUACCCUGAAGACCCCAAGGAAGCAAAAGAGAAGGAAAGAUGAUUAUGGUAAGAUGACAGCAUUAUGAGGAUCUUCAUAUCAAUGAUGUACUGAAUUUAACCAAUUACUGAAGGUAUACAUGUAGAUCAAGUUAGAUUCUUUUUAGGAUGUUACACAUUUGUACUAGAAUACCGGAGCUUCUUGUUCUUCUAUCUCUUAUUUUAUAGAGCCUCAAAGUUUAGCACAAAAGUCUUACUGGUGACUUAUAUGUACCUCUGGAACUACAGAAGGUUUUGAAUAAAGCUGAGUUUUUACAAA